AUGGCCAAUAUCGAAACCCUCAAACGGACUCUGAGACAGAAGGCAACGGCCAUCGGAACACCACUGUCAGACGAACAGUAUUGCGCUGGGUUCGAGCUUUUCGUACAAGGCUCAGGAUGGGUUAUCUAUCAAGACUUUAUCAUUCCUCAACUCUCCAAGCUGCUGAUGCCUCUCUUCAGUUCGCAGGCUCAUGUUUCAGUGUUGGAAAUUGGCCCUGGGCCCAAGAGUGUUCUUGGGCACCUUCCCGGCUCCCUGAGACGGAAGAUCAAAAGAUAUACUGCAUUUGAGCCCAACAUUGUCUUUGCUACCGCGAUGGAUGAGUGGCUUUGCUCCAACCCGGAAGGGGAGCCGCCUUUCCCUUGCCUGGACCGCUGUCCCAAACUUCACCGAGUGCCAUUUUCCCUGAAGGGCCACAUGGAGGGGAAUGCGGCAGAUGGUCCGCACGAGAUCGACGAGAAGUACGACGUGAUUCUAUUCUGCCACAGCAUGUACGGUCUGAACCCCAAAGCGAAGUUCAUCGAACGAGCACUGGAAAUGCUAGUCGAACAAGCCGAGGAGGCGAUGGUGGCAGUUUUCCAUCGCGAUGGCUUAGCCUUCGGUAGAUUGGUAUGCCAUCGAACUGCUUCUUUUCCCACCGCGGAGAUCGGCGUGCCCAACAACGACGAUGCCCUGGAUAAGUUCGCUUCGUUUGUUGCAGGGUUUGGCUUGCAGGACACAGAGCAGGACGAAGCCACUAAGAUCGACUGGCGCGAAACGUGUCGAGACUUGGGUCGACGCUCCGAAGCUCAGCCAAGUCAUCUCUUCUUCAGUGCGCCGGACCGAAUGGUUGCCUUCACAAGACAUUCGACUGCACUACCGGAGCUGACGGCCGAGGUCCCUGCCGUAGAGACAGUACAAGUCAAGAACUGGGAAGCUCGCCUUUGUCAUCCCGCAUCCGUCGUUAGGCCGACAGAGAUUCGACAGAGCAAGAACGAGGAAGCAGGACUCGCCCUGGUUCGCACGUCGCUAGUCGUCGCCGAAGCUGGCUGCAAAGCGGGAGAUAUUGUCCGUAAAAGUAUAGAAGCUGGCGUGACAGUGCCUUUGGGAGCUCGCCCAAGUACUGGGGCGGGACUGUGGCUGCAAGGUGGCAUUGGGCACUUGGCCAGGCUGUACGGCCUCACGUGCGAUGCCAUUGUUGGCGUCGUCGCUGUCAGUGUUAAAACGAGCCAGGUUCUCUGCAUCGGCGAUGUACCAAACGAACACUGCCCGAUUGGUGCUGUCCGCCCAGAAAAUCAGAUGGACCUUCUAUGGGCGGCGAGAGGAGCUGGAACGAACAUUGGCAUUAUAAUCAGCGUAACGUUCAGAGCUUUUGCCGCUCCGACCUACUUGGUUCGCGACUGGGUUGUUCCGCUCAGGGACGAUCAGGACGCGCAACUCCAGCUCGCCAGCUUUGACGAAAGUCUGGCGUGCAAGUUGCCAGCAAAUUGCUCCGCAGAUGCUUAUCUCUACUGGGAAGAUGGCGGUACACAUCUCGGCGUGACACUGUUCGAAUGUUUCACACCGGGAGACGGCUUGAAGCCCCUUUCAAGCUUGUCUCUCCCCAUGGCCGCGGUUGGCGGGUCGGAUCAGAGUUUGAAGACGAUGGACGGGGUGGAAGUCUUCGACGCCGACAUGUACGUGUCCCGGAUGCAUGGCGGACAUGGCGGCAGCAAGACCUCGUCGUUCAAGCGGUGUUUGUUUUUGAAAGACAUCAGAGAGCCGAACGUUACCGAGAUCUUAGUGCGGGCGAUACGGACUCGUCCGUCCGCUCUCUGUUACCUGCAUUUGCUUCAUGGUGGCGGAGCAGUUGAUAGCGUGGCAAUUGACGCCACUGCUUUCGGUUGUCGGGGUUGGCAAUAUGCCUGUAUCGUGACAGGGGUGUGGUCCCGAAGUGACGAUAGGACAGAGACAGCUCGAGAUGUCGUGCAGUGGGUAUACCGGGUCGCUGCAGACCUGUUGCCCCUGAGUUGUGGGGUUUACAGCGCGGACCUGGGACCCGACCCGCGAGACAUGAUAUUGGCGGCUAAGGCGUUUGGGCCAAACCUGCGGCGUCUAGCCUGCCUCAAGCAGGCCGCAGACCCGGCCAAUGUACUGGCCUAUACCUGCCCACUACCAAAAGCCUCGGCCGCGCAGAAGCUCAUCAUUCUAGUCACCGGCAAAUGCGGAGCCGGGAAAGACUACUGCGCAAACGUGUGGGUUUCCGCUUUCACCAAUGCGACUCAGAGACACCUCGUGGCACGCGCAGUCAGCAUUAGCGAAGCGACCAAGCGAGGAUAUGCAGUAGCUACUGGUGCCGAUUUAGAGCGACUGCUUUCGGAUCGUGUUUACAAAGAACAACAUCGGUCAAAGUUGACAGAGUUCUUCCAGGACCAGGUCCGUCAACGGCCGCGUCUUCCAGAGGAGCACUUUCUUGACGUCGUGCACAAUGCUGUAGGCGUUGAUGUGCUUUUGAUCACAGGGAUGAGGGACGAGGCCCCGGUGGCAACCUUGUCGCAUUUAGUGCCUGCCAGUAGAGUGCUUGAAGUAUACAUCAGGACCAGCGACGAAAUCCGCAAGGUCCGCCGGCAGGGCGGCGGUGAUAAUAACGAUUCCCAUUCGACAGUCUUGGAUCACUCUCCAAGCCUCGUUUUCGAGAAUGACCAAACCGGCGACGAGAAAGCAAAAAGAUUUGCCGAGAAUUAUCUGCUUCCAUUCUUUGGCGACGAACUUCAGCGGCUCGCCGAGAUGGUUGGUCGAGUGUCUGACUUUCCCUGCCCAGGCAUCGAAUUCCAUCACAUCCUCAACAUUGCGCAGCAACCGAAUGGGUUGGCCCUAUGCGCAUCUUUGCUGCAAUCUCAUUUCCGUGGUGACUGGAAUAAUGUUGAUAUGAUAGCGUGCUGCGAGGCUGGCGGCUUUGUCUUUGCUCCAGUACUUGCCUCCCGAGUUGACGUACCAUUGGCCUUGAUCCGGGAAGAAGGAAAGCUACCACCGCCAACCGUGUCCGUCUCCAGGUCUGCCUCGCACAUAUCUGCAUCGGCGACUGCAUCUAAAUUGUCCAAGAGGACACGCAUUGAAAUUAGCAGCGAGACGAUCCCUAGAGGGGCGUCGGUGGUGAUCGUAGACGACGUACUUGCCACAGGGAACACACUUUUGGCUAUCCUACGACUGCUGGAAAAAGUUGGAGUCUGUACCGAUCGUAUCAGAAUCAUCGUGGUCGCCGAAUUCCCUGAUCACCAUGGCCGAGGACUGUUGCGGAAACACGGAUUCGGCAGAGUGGAUAUACAAAGCCUUCUCGUUUUUGAUGGAGCUUAG